GAAUUGAAUAUCCGGUGGCAUCCAUGGAUCGUGCUUAAACCUUCUCGUUUUCACAUUCCCUAUUCUCUCUCCCUUCCAUAGGAUGACUUGGUUUGCCUACGCGAAACGAUCUCCGAUAGAUGGCGUGAGCGAUGAGCUGAACCUGAUCGCCUCAGAGAAGUUAGAUCAAGCUACCGCAAGAAGACGCGUCCGUUCCGCUUUCGUUGAUUUGCAGCUGAAGCUCGAUCACUGCUUGUUCAAGAAAGCUCCGGCAGGGAUCAGUACAGAGGAGUGGUAUGAGAGAAAUUUGAAAGGAGAGGAAGUUUUCUGUAAGAGUUGGUUGCCCGAAGAUGGCGUUGAUAUUAAAGCUGCGGUGUAUUUCUGUCACGGCUACGGAAGCACUUGCACUUUCUUCUUUGAUGGCGUAGCAAAGCAACUAGCUGGUUCUGGUUAUGGAGUUUAUGCUAUAGACCAUCCUGGUUUUGGCCUCUCUGAUGGUUUACAUGGUCACAUCCCAAGUUUUGAUGACUUAGUUGAAAAUGCUAUUGAACAGUUCAGCAAAAUGAAAGGGAGAACUGAAUUGAGAAAGGUGCCUAGCUUCCUAUUCGGACAGUCAAUGGGAGGAGCUAUUGCCUUGAAAAUGCAUCUGAAAGAACCUCAAGCUUGGGAUGGUCUUAUCCUUGUGGCUCCAAUGUGUAAGUUUACAGAAGAUGUAAAACCUCCUAAGCUAGUCUUGAAUGCGUUAAUCUUGAUGUCGACAAUAUUCCCGAAAACAAAGCUCUUUCCAAAGAAAGACAUUCGUCCGCUGUUCUACAGAGAACCAAGCAAAAGAAAACUGUCCUACUUUGAUGUGAUUUGCUACGAUGAUCAAACACGUCUGAAAACCGCUGUUGAACUUCUAAAUGCGGCAAAUGACAUUGAGAUGCAAAUUAAUAAGGUCUCAUCGCCAAUGUUGAUUCUACAUGGAGACGCGGAUAUAGUCACAGAUCCCACCGUGAGCAAGUUCCUUUACGAGCAAGCAACCAGCCAAGACAAAACCCUAAAACUCUAUCCAGGUGGCUACCAUUGCCUUCUUGAAGGUGACACAGACGAAAACAUUUUCACCGCAAUCAACGACAUCGUUGCUUGGCUUGAUGCCCACACCACUCCCAAGUAAAUUGAGAGUAUAUCCAAAACCCUAUGUUUAUUAUCGUCUUUCAUAACUCUGAGAAUCUCUGCAGUUAAUUACAUAAGGAAUAAAACAAAAACUGUAUAUGGCUUGCAAUGAGUACAGAACCUUGGCCCUUCCUUC